AUCAGCAUUCAGCAAGUGCAGUAGCAGGAUUCGAGCAACACUCUCGCGAGGACGACUCGACGGCUAGACGUGCACUUUUUGUCCGGACUUGAUGCAAAGCGAAGCGAAUAGGCGGAGAAGCAGCAAACAAGACUUGAAGAGGGUUCCUCUGCGUGCGCCUUUGGUUUGUGUGAAUUUCCCACCGUUGCGGAGAUGAGCCUAAGCACCAGCGAGAUGGAGGACCUGUGGGAGUCCUUGGGCGAGCUCAACUUCUCUGAUAGCUUUUCCAACAUUUCACACAGUGUGGACAGCACGGUAUGCCCCACAGCGUUCAACCGUCGUGCCCUGCUCCACUCUAUGUGUGUCCUCUACACCUUCAUCUUCGUGGUGGGGCUGGCGGCCAACGCUCUGGUCCUGUGGGUGAAUUUCCGUGCCCAGCGGGACUCCGCCCCUCGCCACGAGACCCACACGUACAUUGCCCACCUGGCCGUGGCCGACCUGUGCGUGUGCCUCACCCUGCCCGUGUGGGUGAGCUCGCUGGCCCAGCACGGCCACUGGCCCUUCGGCGAGGCAGCGUGCAAAGUCACUCACCUGCUGUUUUCCGUCAAUCUUUUCGGGAGCAUCUUCUUCCUGGCCUGCAUGAGCGUGGACCGCUACCUGAGCGUGACGCGCCACCGAGAAAACCAGGGUGGGGCGCGGCGCAAGUUAGCACGCCGCUCAGUGUGCAUCGGGGUCUGGUUCCUGGCUCUUGUAUCCUCCUUGCCAGACACUUACUUUGUACGUACGGUGAAGGCGUCGCACGGAGGCAGCGUGCUUUGCAGGGCUGUAUACCCCGAGGAGAACCCCACCGAGUGGAUGGUCGGCGUCCAGCUGAGUUUCAUCCUCUUGGGCUUCGUCCUCCCCUUCCCAGUCAUCGCAUUCUUCUACGCGCUACUGGCCAGAGCCUUCGCCCGCACGUCGACGCCGUCUUCCACGGUGGAGCAGGAGCGGCGCGUGAGUCGACGGGUGAUCCUGGCCUACAUCGUGGUGUUCCUGGGCUGCUGGGGGCCUUAUCAUGGCGUACUGCUGGCCGACUCGCUCUCCCAGAUGGGUGCGCUGCCUCUGACCUGCGGCCUGGAGAACUUCCUCUACGUGGCUGUCCACCUUACCCAGUGCCUGUCCUUACUGCACUGUUGCUUCAACCCCAUCCUCUACAACUUCAUUAAUCGGAACUACCGCUAUGACCUCAUGAAGGCCUUCAUCUUCAAGUACUCCACACGGACCGGUUUGGCGCGACUCAUUGAGACGUCCAACGCAUCCGAUGCAGAGUACUCGGCCGUGGCUGCAGACAAUCCACCGCAGAUAUGAGGAGGAGCACCUUCCCAUCCAAAUCUUCUCCGUCCGGCGUCAUAUUUGACAUUAAACGAUAUUUAAAGACAUUUCAGCGCCUGUAUCGGAAGAAAUCCUGUGGACAGGAGUGGGUUGCUAUUCACAGACUGAUUGCAAAAAAAGCACUUAGGACCAGUUUUAUCAUACAGAAAUAUGGUUAGUGAUUUGUAAAGCCACAUUUAUACUGUAUGAUAGCCAGUUUAGCAAUACAAGUCACAGUGAACCAUUUUCAAAUGUAAGGAUUUGUAAUAAUCUUAGCUUUACUCGAGCAUUUUGUAUCAAGCUUUCAUCUUCUAUUAUUUGCCACUUGAAGUUGAGUGGCAUCUUGGAUUUACAAAAUUAGGAGAAAACCGACUCGAAAAAUUUGGAAAACAAGCAUUCACUUGUCCUUAGCAACCAGAAAUGUUGCUGGAUAACCACCAACUCUAGCACAGAAACUCAGGAGUAAUCAUGACUUUUAUUUGACUAUUCAAUAUCAUUCUGAAACCGUCCUGUGUAGAAAUACACGGGAACGUUAAAUCAUUUACUGGCAUUGUCAGCGACAAACGUCAAUGCGAGCGGUGUCGAGCAAGUUGGAAAAUGUCCACUUCCAGACUCAUAAUUGAACAACCAUGACUAUAACCACCAAGAAAUUUGACACAUCAUUAUUAGAUCAAUUUGAAAUGGGACGAGUGACCUCGAAUAAUAAUGUUUCAGUGCCAUUGACGGCAAGAGACGUUCAAUCCAUUAUCUCGGAAUCUUUCUUCUGUUUCAUUUUGCUAUGUCAGUGCACAUCUUUGUAAGAUUCGUUCCUCAAUGCUAGGGCAAGUAUUUUACAGUAGAAAUGUCAAAUGAAUAUAUACUGAAAUAUUUAUGAUGAUAUUUUUGUUCAGUUUUUCCCUAUAGUCUUGUGUUGCCAACAGUGAAUGAUACAGAACACUGGGCAUCAAUUUAGGUCUGACAGCUGUUUAACUAAUUUUUGGAUGCGGAAUUCCAAAAUGAUCUCAGUUUUUCCUCUAUCAUGUCAAGUCUUUUUCCCUACUUGGUAUGUCGUUACUAUUAGGGGUGUGAAUCACCAAUUAUGUACAGUAUAUGACUUUUUUUUUCCUACAAAAAAUACUGUAUUUGCUGAUGCAAUUUUCAUGUUUUCGACAAUCAUGUUGCUAAAACAUUCUGAGAUUUUAACGAAAAUCAUCGAAGUGAAGAUAUUAAUCGAAGCUUUGCGUUUGGAUCGAUUUCGAUUCUAACGUGCUUAACAAAUCGGUCUACAUCAAUUAAUUGCUACUUUCCAAGUUGCUACAUGUACACAAAUACUGCAGUCAUGCCUGUUUUAUGUCAUAUUUCAUUGUACGUCAAUAUUUGAAUUUUUUUUUUCAUAAAACAUAGCCACAUGUUUUGACUGAUUCGCUAACUUCAAAACAUUCCAAGAAUUCAUAUGUCGCAGCCUCUUUUUGGAAAUUGCCCCUAACAUACACGGUUGCACCAAAAACAAAAAAUCCCUAUUCAUUUCCAAUGGCAAAAACAUUUCAAAUUUUCAGUUUUCAAAAUGCUACUUGUCCUACAUUUUUGUCACAGAAGUCACACAUCAAAACAAUCAAGGCAUACAAAAGUUACAAGCCAAUUUUAGAAAAAAAAGAAAUAAUAAUAAAUUCUGCCAAAAUAUGACAACAACAACAACAAAAAUUCCCCUUAAAUGUUCAACGGCUCCAUUCAUUUCUUAUUCAACACCUACAAAAAAAAACAAUCCAUUCACUGCUAUUGAUUUUCAACACAGACCUGCAUAAAAUCUCAAUGUACCCAAAAUCUGAUCUGGUAAUGUCCCAAAAUCAUCAGAAACUGAUGCAAAUUCAACAGAAAGUGACCCAUAAGUGCCCCAAUACCAACAGGAAGUGACCCGGAUAUGCCGCAAAAUCAAGUAGUGAGCAAUGAUACAGGGAAUGACUGGGAAAUGCCCUGAUAUCAACAGGAAAACAACCGAAAUGUUCAGUUAGUGACCCAAAUUCAACAGGAAGUGACCCAUAAGUUCCAUAAAAUUAACAAGGAAGUAACCCAAAAUUAACUUAUUGCCUGCCAUUGACAAUACAACACCCACUUCAUUUAAACUGGGAGGACUGGCUGUGAAUAAUCUUUCAGAACCAUUGACAGCGCUAGACGUCAAAUUCAUUUGAGCUUGGAGGGGCAAAAACCAUUUGUUCAUUUUCUCCUUCCAGUCCAAAUUUUUGAGAUGUCCAGCAUCGUCAAUGGCAGCCAAUAAGUCAUCAAGUAAGUGACCCGAAAAUGCCCUAAAAUAAAUAAGAAGUGACCGAAAAUUAGCAGGAGGUGAUCAAUGGGAGAGCAAAGCAUCCCCACGCUGUUUCUCAAAUUCCAAGUGGUUUCAUAUUUUAACAAAAUAGCAUUUGAUUUUGAUUUGCUAGAAAAAAACUGAGCUCAGACAGACCUCAAUGAACAAAAAAUGUGUUUCAUUGUGUAAUUUGUAAAAUGUGACACAGUGGGAAUCACUGCAUUAGCAAUAAUUCUGUAUGCUUGUGGUUGGUGGGAAAAAUCUGGCAUGUGUUGCUGGAACUUGAGAAAUUGCAUGUUUAAUCAGUCUAUUUAUACUCACUUGAACUCUCUGACGCUGUCACUCACACACUGCAGUAACGCACUCACUGCCUCAUCAUCUUUGGAGUCCUGCUGUAUGAAAACCUCAGUGAAAGAUAACAUUACAACCAAAUAACACACAAAUAAUUAGCUUUACUGCUUGCGUGCAGGCAGCUGUUGUGAUGUGCAACAACAAAGUGUUGGUUAAAGGACCAAAUGUAGGUUGUUUUGAGAGUGUGAGUGGGAAUAUUAUCAUUUCAUGUGGUGAUAUGAUAUAAUGUGAUUGAGACUAGUGAAGAUGUCCCUUUGGUAUGUGUAAAAGUGUUGUCAAGUAUAUUAAACAGUGAAAAUAUUUUGUUUCUGUACUGACUGGGUCUCUUGUCAUAAUAUGCUGAUUUUUUAAAUCAUUUAAAUUUGGCAACUAUAAAACUAUACACUGUAAUGAUAAUAUAAAAUUAUUCAAUAGAACACUAAAUUUAUAGAAAAUACUGGCAGAUGUGGUUUUCAGUAAGAAUAAAAAUAGAA